AUGUCGAUGUCGACACAUAGUUCGGCGGUGUCUGGUAAUGGCGCCUCCUUUGCAGAACCUUCAAAGGGCCACGGCUCCUUUGGAGAGCAGUAUGCAGCCUCACUUCAGGAGUUGACAUUCAACUCAAGGCCUAUCAUUGAGGCACAUACCUUGCUUGCAGAGGAAAACACGGCGCAUGCUCUCGAGAUUGUUGUCGCCAUUGAGGAACGGAUAGAGAAGGCCAUUCCUUCGCAGAAGCUAUAUUCUUUAUACUUGUUAGACUCCAUUUCUAAGAACAUAGGCUUGCCCUAUACCAACUUAUUUUCAAAUAACCUAUUUAAAACUUUCACCCGUACGUACGGGUUGGUGGAUGAUCCCACAAGAUGUAAACUGAUCAAGUUGUUCAAGACAUGGAAGGUCCCCACGGCGGCAACCGGGUUGCCACUAUUUGAUCAGGGCCAACUUGAUCGGAUCGAAGAGUUUCUAAUUAAGGUCACCAAUCCUCUGGUCAACAAUAAUAGAACAGUGGCAGAUAGUAUGAAGAAUGCCAAUUUAGGUAGUGGCGGCACCUUUAAUGGUGGCCCUGCAACAGACAUUCUUAACAAGGACAAGUUUACCCUUAUAAAUGAAACGGACGAGCUAUUAAGAAUGGUGGAUGCUAGGUUGAAGGUGAUGUCCGAUACCAAGACCCAACAACGGUAUACUCUAUUGAACAAGUUAAAGACAAUUCUCGGCGGAAAGAGCUCUAUUCCCCAAGCACAGUUGGAUGAGGUGGCCAAACAAUUGCAUGCCAUUCGAACCGACGAGAUUCUCAAGAGUAACUCGAUCAAGAGGGAAAAGGAGGCAGAGUUGUUCAAAUUGCAACAACAACAACAACAACAACAACAACAACAACAACAACAACAACAGCAACAACCUCAAAACGUACAACCUCAAAACGUACAACCUCAAAACGUACAACCUCAAAACGUACAACCUCAAACUGUACAACCUCAAAUUUCUUCAUUACAAGGAUUGCUCAAUUUGAGCAACCAAGCGCCGGUUGCAAAUCCUCUUGGUCUAAAGAACCUCUCGUUUCUUGAAAAUAUACUGAAGAAAACCAGUAAUGGCGGGAUCAAUGAAACAAAUACUACAAAUGCCCCCCAAGUUGACUUUAAAUUUAUCAAGCCUUCCAAGAAGGUUAUUGUAGAAGACGCAGUUUUAGAUCAAAAGUUCAUAAAUAACCAUGUGCCGACAAUAACUGAUAUAUCUCUCUUGUAUGAGUUCAAGCCAAUACAAUGUAAAGAGUGUGGUAGACGAUUCAGUGAUGAUGAGGCGGGCGCUGUAGCCAAACGGCAGCAUGACGAAUGGCACCAAAGGGUCGAUGCCAGAAUGAGAACCGGAGGUUCUGGACUAGGUGGUGUUGUGAAUCGUUCUUGGUAUCUUAGGGGGAGAGAAUGGAUGGAAUUUGAAUAUAAUGAAGAUGAAAUAGACAAGCACGGGCUCUCUGUUAACGGUGAUAAACAUGGUAGUUCCAACGAUGGCAGCACAUGUUUAAGAAAAGAUAAAGAGGGGGACAAGGACAAGAGAGAAGCCACCGAUGAGGGCAGUUCCAAGUACGAGCAUUUUGAUCCAUCUGAGGCUCCCAAGCAUAUAGUCAGGAUUCCAGAGUCCUCUUCCAACGAGGUUGUUUGUGCUAUAUGUAGGGAUAAGUUGGUUGGCGUUUUCGAUGAGGAGAGUGGUGACUGGAUUUGGCGUAAUGCCAUCAUGUAUCGCAGCCGGGUAUUGCACUGGUCCUGCUACAUGGAAACACGACAAAGAGGAAGGCGAUCCCUUGGUAGGGAGCGUUCUCCACAGAGGUGA